GGACUAAUGAGAUUAUGAAAGCCGAUUGCAUUCCUUCUAUUUCACUAAUCCUUUAUAUAACACAUGCAGCACAAACAGAAGAAGACAAGUAUCUCAUCACGCUAGUCUACCGGUUUGUGUUUGCAAACGAAGCCAUAUGUGGAGAUCCGUUUGGAGAUCCAGAAUGGUUGCCUGCUGCCGAACAAUGUUUUGUGAAUUGUGAUCCCGCAGUGCAUAUGUGCAUGAUCCAUACAAAGACAAGUGCACAAAAAUGCAGAGCAUUUUCGCGGGAGUGUCAAAAUGCCAUUCGGAAACACCUCGGUUGGUCGUCGACUAUAGUAAGCAUUUAUCGGCCUGAAAGCACAACAAUGUUCAUGCCGGCCUUUGUGACUUCUCCUCCAGAUUCUCAUGCGGAUCGUUCUGCGGUAGCGGCUGCCGAAGACAUUGAAAGAGACUUUGUCGGACCAGAUCCCUUACCAGCACCAGCCUUUUCCAAUGAUAUAGAAAGCACAUCCUCACCUUCGUUUGACUUGACUACGCCAAUCCCCACCCAAAAGGACUGGAAUGAAGUACCAGCAGCUCAAGAUAAUGGAUACUCGGUGGAGGAAGUUCAACCGUCAUUGUCAACUUUAGGCGGUUACGACGUGCCUGCUGACCGUUUAUCGGAGUACGAUAGCGCUGGAAUGAACAACAACAUCGAGUAUGUGUGUUUUGAUAUAGUCUGUUAUAAUGCUCAACUAGUAUUAAGGCAAAACGUGGAAGAGGAAGUAGAUUCUACCCAAGAAGAUUCCGAUCCCGACUACGUUCCUAUAACCUUAUCACCAAUGAGGACAACGAAUGUCUUAUAUACAAAUAAGCCAGAACCGUCACCUCCUGCCUUUCCUCCCUACUAUCUGGAAAAGGGUCCCACCUCACCCAUUCCAAUGACGAAGACUCAGCCAGAAGACAUUGUGCCAAGAUAUAUCAAUUUUCUCGAGCCACCGGGUGAAGACCUAGAGGAGGCAGAUGGGUACGGCUCCUUACCCCCUCCCCAUCCACCCGGGUUCAAUCCGACUGCAUCGGUUAACCAACUGAACAAUGAAUUGGGAAGCCAGGCCAAUUUUGAUAACGGAAUUAUGCAGCGAGAGCAAGCGACACCCUCUGCGGAUUUCCUUGUGCCUUUUUCGUCAAUGCAGAAAACUGCCGAUGAAAAUGGAAUAGAAGAACCUAUCAUUCUUUCUGGGAAUACUGAAAAUGGAGAAGGGACGCGUUUCGAGGUUUCGCCUCCUCACUCGCCCCUUCGUUCGGCCUCCAAUGUUGGUACAUUUGACGCUGAUUUGCAAAGUUUGCAGACUUUUCCAGAACGGCGAAUUCAACAGUUUACUGAUCCAAACUCACAUAGAAAAAUAAUCGCCGAUAUCCAGCCUGAGAAAGCUCGUGAUCACAGUAAAAGAUGUUGUGAGUGGUCCCUCAACGGGCUCUGCGAUAGCCACUGGCAAAGAGUCCGUCUGUUGUGUGCCAAGAGCUGUGGAACUCUUGUUUGUGAAGAAAUCGAAGGCAUCAAAUCAUGUACUCGGGUUGUCGAUGUGGAUGUGGAAGACUGCUUUCAUUCUACAAGGAUAGCAAGGUAUUUUGGCUUGAAAAAUGCAGAAACGGACGAGGAAAGAAGGAGUGUCAUAGAUGGCAUUGUGCAACAAAAGCUUGGUCGAAACAAGCGACGUAAGUACAAGAAGAGGCGUCACUAA